CAUCUUAAUAGAUAAUCAAAACCCCAAAAAUAGCUACAAAAUUUUACCCUAAACAAGAAAAAAAGUCCUGAUCAUUCAACCCCCGCAGCUCUUUUUCUUUGUAUUAUAAAAACCAAGAUUUUUUUUUUUUGCAUGCAAUCAACCCUUUCUUUCUCAAAUAUCUAUCAAGGAAAAAGACAGCAAAAAAAAAAUGCAUAAAUCACUCCCUUUUUUGCUUCUUUUUCAAAUUUUUAUUCUCACUUCUUCAUCCCUUUUAUCACUUUCGCUUGAAGCUUCUGAGUUUUCCCCCCUCCCAAACGAAGAACUUCAAGGGAUGAAGAAUGAUGAGCAGUAUGAUGUUAUGAUAGGAGGGAAGGAAAGGAGGGUUCUUGAGGAAGAGAAUGAGAGUGUGGAUAACAACUCAACUUUGAUAUUAGCUGCAGAACAGACACAUAGGAGAGACCCUCUUGAACAUUUCAAUUAUUAUACAGGUGGUUGGGAUUACAGAAAUUCGCAUUACUGGGCUUCUGUUUCUUUCUCCGCUGCGCCUUUGUUCGUCACUGCUGUGGUCUGGUUUGUGCUCUUAGGCCUUUUCCUUUGUGUUGCUUGCAUAUGGUAUUGCUGCUGCUGCUGCUGCCCGCAAAGAAAGAGCAUUGGCUAUUCUCCUAUUGCUUAUGCACUUUCAUUGAUCUUCCUUGCAUUUUCCACGACUGCAGUGAUCGCUGGAUGUAUUGUUCUAUACAUAAACCAGGAAAACUUCAGCAACAGCAUAUCAGAUAUGCUGAAAUUCAUUAUUCAAAAAGCCGUAUCCGUAUUUGACAAUUUGAUGAAUGUAAUGAAAUCACUUGCUGCAGUUUCCGAGGUUACGGGAGGAGGUCAACUUCCUCUUCCUCCUGAUCUCGCUAGUCAAAUUGAUAGUGUGGGUCAAAUGAUUAAUUCCACAGCUAAUAUUCCUGAAAUCCAAUCACUGAGAAACACAAAACGCAUUGAAGGAGUUUUAGAACCUGCGAGGACUACCCUUAACAUACUUGCUGCUGUGAUGCUAUCUGUGGCCAUUCUUGGUUUCUUAUUCUCAGUUGUAGGCGUGCAAUGCUGCAUUUACGUAUUUGUUGUCAUGGGAUGGAUUCUUGUCACUUUGGCAUUCAUUUUAUGUGGGAUAUUUCUCAUUCUUCACAAUGUGGUGGCAGACACAUGUGUUGCAGUUGAUGACUGGCUCCAAAACCCCUCAGCUAAUGCACCGCUGAGUCUUCAGUUUCUGCCAUGUAUGGACAAUGAAACUGCACAAGAAACCUUGAAAGCCACGAAACAAACAUCCUUUUAUGUGAUAAACGUUGUUAACAAGUUCAUUAUUGAGGCUUCCAACAGGGACCUACCACCUGAUGCUGGAAUUCUUUAUGUCAAUCAAAGCGGUCCACCGGUGCCUCUCCUCUGCAACCCAUACUAUCCUGAUUUGACAGAAAGGGAUUGUUCUCAUGCAGAAGUCAACUUUGGCAAUGUGGCUCAGGAAUGGAGAAAACAUGUGUGCGAAGUUUCAGAUGAAGGUCUUUGCAUUACCCAAGGCCGGUUGACUCCUAAAAUAUGUGACCAGAUGACAGUUGCUGUGAAUAUUAGCUACUCAUUAUACAGCUCAGGAGAAUUCCUCGUUCAGCUCGGAGACUGCAGUUUUGUUCUGAAAACUUUCAGCGAGAUCAAUGAGAACUACUGUCCUGACCUCAGGCGGUAUAGUUUCUGGACCUAUGUCGGGUUGCGAAUAGUUGCAACUUCUGUCAUGUGCGCUACCGUCUUAUGGAUGGUUUAUUCAAGAGAGAGGAGAAUCAGGGUAUUUACCAAGGAGUUAACUGAACAAAAUCAUUUCCCAUGAGGAGAAGCCUGAUGUUGAGUCUGUAGUUCAUAUCUUUCUCUAGAGGUAAGAUUCAAUGUUACCAAUUCUCUAAAUGAACUUCUCAGGCAUAUCGGAUCUUGGGGUGAAUCAUUAAGGGCUGAAACUAGAUGUUUACGUACUGCUUUUGAGAAACUGUUUGAUGAAAUGCAUGAAAGAAAAAUGCUGUUGUCUAUUGGAGUUUGUUGAUUGGUGAUUAUGUGCAGAGCCCAGAAGUGCAAGUCGGGUUACAGAUGUUUCAGGAAGAUGGUACCACCCCGAAUUGAAGUAGAGGGAGUAAUACAGAUUAACGUUAUUAAAGCGCUAAGCCCACAGGAAAAUUUGGGAGACGGCGAUUUGUAGAGAUUUGAUUGUGAAAUUUCUGUAAAGAACACUACUUAUGUAAAUAAGUUUAAAUUUAGGAAAUGACUUCACUUUUGAAAAAA